AUGUCCCAGCCAGCAAAGGCCCCUGCAGUCCCAACCACUGCUGCCCCACAAUCCACAGAGGGGAAGGAAAAAGGGGCACCUGCCUCAGUGCCUGCUCCUGGACCCACUGCAGCUCUGGUUCCUGCCUCUGUUCCCAUUCCCAGCUCCAAGAUUGGGGACCUUCCCAUGGGAGGCUUCAGGCUGGUGGUCUUUGAUCAGGAAAACUUCCAGGGCCGUCGUGUGGAAUUCUCUGGGGAGUGCAUGAAUCUGGGAGACCGUGGCUUCGACCGAGUUCGCAGCAUCAUUGUAAUCUCAGGACCAUGGGUGGCCUUCGAGCAGUCCAGCUUCCGAGGGGAGAUGUUCAUCUUGGAGAAGGGAGAGUAUCCUCGAUGGGACACUUGGUCCUGCAGCUACCGUAGCGACUGCCUCAUGUCCUUCCGGCCCAUCAGGAUGGAUUCUCUGGAUCACAAAAUCUGCCUGUUUGAAAGCACUAACUUCAAGGGCAACAAGAUGGAGAUUCAUGAGGAUGAUGUGCCCAGUCUCUGGUCCUAUGGCUUCUGUGACCGUGUGGGCAGCGUGAAGGUCCCCAGUGGGACAUGGGUUGGAUAUCAAUACCCAGGCUACCGAGGCUACCAGUAUCUGUUUGAGCCAGGCGACUACAAGCACUGGAAUGAGUGGUCUGCCUACCAGCCCCAGAUCCAGUCCGUCCGUCGAAUUAGAGACAUGCAGUGGCACCAGAGAGGCUGCUUCCCCAUUCCCACUAGUCUACCUAAGUGAGAACAUGUCUCCAGCAUCGGGAAAGUGGCCAAAGCCUGAGAGGCGACCACCAAGUACAGAGUUGUCUGUAUGCCUCAGAGUACUGGGCUGCCAAGGUCCCAGCUCUCUUGUCUCUUUCCCCUCCACUUUACCUAAACAUACUCUCGACAAUUUGAAUAAAAGUCUUCCAUC